AUGGCGGCUCCUGGAGCGGACGGCUUCGAUGUUUGGUUAACGGACAAGUUGAAAUCUCUCAGCUGCGACAUCGACACUGACGUCUUUGUCACUUACAUCAUCGGCAUACUGGACACAGAUUCACUGGAAGACGAAAAUGAGGAAAACAUUACAGAAUUACUCUCUGGUGUUGUUGACCCUGACAGCGCAGAGUCUGCUAGCCGAUCCAUCGUUUCACAGUGGAAUGUUCACCUUGACAGCAAGAAAGGGUCACAAGUCACAGAGGAUGUUGCAGAUAAGCUGUCCAUGAUCUUUGAACAGCAAGCCCUGGCCACAGUCAAAGAGAAAAAGUUAUCCAAGGAGCAGGCAGACAGAAAAGCAGCCAUCUUGGCCCAGUAUGGUCAGGUCUCAGAUGGAGAAGAAACUGACCCGGAAGAAUUGAGCGCUGAUGAGAUUUCAACUCCAGCCAUUGCUGCUGCUGGUACAGGUGCUGCUGCUAAAGUCAAAGGGGAGACCAGCGAUCCCUUGCUGAUGAGAAAUGUCAACAAGGAGGAAGUCACGCGUCUGGAGAGAGAGAAGAGGGACAAGGCAAAAGAAGAGCAAGAAAAGAAGAAAGAAAAAGACAAGCAGGAUAGACUAGCGCAGAAACAGAAGCAGCAAGAAAGAAAGGAGACAGAGAAAAAGCGCACCCAGAAAGGAGAGAAACGAAGAUAG